GUGUUGGUGGUAUUGGUAUGGGCAUCAAGGUGGUAUCUGGUUCUGGUCAGUUACAAAGUUCACCCUCAUGCCAGCCCUCACAGCAACAACAACAACAGCAGCAGCAGCAGCAGCAACAACAACAACAACAGCAGCAGCAGCAACAACAACAGCAGCACCAGAGCCAAGGACAAGGCCAGCCUCGUCCCCCACGCUCUCGCACCAAUGUGGCGCUGCAAGCAAUUAUGAAGAGGAACUCGGCCAUGCAAGAAGCCAAACAGGUAACUUUUAAGACUCCCUCCCCAGCCAUCUCUCCAAAUCCAUCUGAAGCUUCCAGUGACAGUCAUCGUAGCCAACUUUCCACCCCACCACUGAUGCCUCCCAGUUCUCAGCGAGAUCCCAUGUCAAGUUCCCCCAUGCCUCAUCAUCUUGGACAAAUGUAUCAGAUUAACACACCACCUCAGGGACAAGGAACUUCAUUUGUACGACAGAACCAACCCACUGAAAAUAAUUUUUCAAAUCAACAACACCAGCAAUUUGGAGGACAACCUCCUUGGGGAGGAGUAAGUGGAAUGAGUGGAAAUGUCCCUUCCCAGCAUGGCAUCGGUCGACCUCUACAUCAACAAAACCAACCCAUGAACUCUGGACCAAACUUCAAUAUGCAAAGAAAUGGCAGUGGGCCAUCUCCACAAAAUGUUCUACAGCAACAGAUGCCAACAUCCACACCCAGUCAUUCUGACAUACUAACAGCAGGUGUGUUUAACAGACCACCUCUAGAGGGCUUCCAUCAACUUAGUGGACCUGUUCCACCGAGGCCAGGAGUAGAUAUAUCAAAUAGAAUGCGAGAGCCAGCACCCAGAAUGCUGGAAAUGAUGGGGAUGACACGUGCGCCUCCUUCCUUUGGACCAGUGGAGGGAUUGGGAAACCCAUGUAGGAUGCGCCCUCCAGGCACGGAAGGCCAAGGGUUAGAGAAUUCUCCUCGCAUGACUCAGGCACCAUUUAGACCACAUCAGGAAAUGGAUCCAGUCACUUCUCAAGCCAAGAUGAAUCAUAUAACCCAUCCAUUACUCUCACCUGGAGCUAUGAAUGCACAUCUUUAUGGUAUGGAUGGCAGGCAGAAUGUCAGUGGAUCUAGUGGUCCUGGAGUGUCAGGUCCCAGGAAUAUGUUUGGUGAAAGUGACAUGGGACCACCACGGGGCCCAGGACUAUCACCACCCAUGGGGAUGGGCUGGGGUCCAGGGCACAAUGAAGGCAAAAGCUAUAUGAAUCAUCCUCCUCCUACUUUGGCAAAUCUUUUGCAGCAACAUGCCCCAGUUGAUAUAAGGCUCAACCUACCUAUGGAUCACAGUUCAGAUCAGCUCAAUCCUGGGUUAGCCAGGCUACCUGGUGGUCCCUCAGUACACAACCCUGCCAUGAACACUCGCAGCCCUCCUGGUGUAGGCCCACUUGGUGCAGUUCCCCUCGGUAUACUCUCCAUGCCUUCCACACAACCCCCAGGCUCCAUACCUCACAACCAACCACCCAGAGGACAGCAGUCAUUUAUGCAAGAGGGUGGUGAAGGUGAUGGACCUUCAGGCAACACAUAUUCACUCUUCAGUCCCAUGAGUGGAGGCAGCAUGGGUAUGGGAGCUGGUCCCAGUCGCACAGUCCCUCAUCCCCUUUACCCAAGCAAUUCACAGCCAAGUGGACAACAGUCGCUGUGGUCUGGUCCUGGCCCAUCUCCACUGGAGCGUCUCCUAGAGCAGAAGAAGUACAGCAAUGUUCCUAAGUGAGGUAGGGAUGAAUCGUCCGGAUGGAAUUAAACGUAACAGAUACCACUUUGCGACCCCACCACGGGUGCACGGCAGAGCAGAAUCACCACCGUUUAUACGGUCGGCGAUGAGUCGAGUGGCACGGUACAGCUGAGCUUCCAAUAUUGCAUAUAGCAUAGCUCGCAGUGCCCUCAGGUUUACUCACUGCUGGACAGGACUGGGGCAAGCAGUCGUAGAACAAUGUCAUAGUCUGGGUGACUGGGGCAUGUAUACGUAGAGCUCUGUAUUUAUAACUGUGAGGAGAUUGGCAAGGAAAAUCCCUUGAUGGCAGUUUACUGAAGCUCGAAUUCUCUGUGCUGUGAGUAAUAGCAUCAACUGCAGUUGUGACAUCAACUUGGGUUGUCUGUGCAGCUGAUGACUUGGCACACGAAGAAUGUAGCUCAGCCGUUUUACUUGAGAUAUUUCCCUCCCGAAACUCCUGUGGCUAAGGUCGUUUCUGAUUGUUCAGAUGUUGAAAGUAAGUUGUGAAUACAUGUAAGUUCCUCAAGAAAGUAGGGAUACACAUUGAUAUGCCAAUCUUUUACAUAGGAUAUGUAUCAGACAGUUAUUAGCCACAGAUUGUAGGUCUUUGUUCUUCUUGGCCUUUUGUCAUAUUAUAGUCUAUAAUAUAAUUAUGUGAUAUGUUUCAUCAUUAAAAACAGGAUUUAGGUCAUGAUGUGAUGGGUUUGUCAGCACGUAAUGCAGUUAUUACAGCCAUGUAAUAAAUAGGACAAGAGUGCAGCAUCAGUACUUAACCAUAUUAUUCAUUGGUUUCCUCAUUCACUAGUUAUUCUCUAUACAGACAUAAUACUAUAUUUUGUUUUGUAAUGUACAUUCUAACUUGAGUGAAAUAAACCUUCCACAAGUAAA